CAAAAUGCAAGAUGAUAGCCCUUCAAGGUCACUCAGGUCAGCUGUGACGGAAACCAUGCCGGAAGCAUACGUAACCCUAGCGACCAACAAUGGCUAUGCUGCGGGCGCCUUGGUGCUGGCCCAUUCCCUGCGCUCCUGCGGCACCACCAGGGACCUGUGUAUUAUCAUCACGCCGGCUGUCUCACCCGACAUGAAGUCCCUGCUGGAGCAAGUGUUCAAUGCCGUAGUCACAGUCGAUGUCCUGGAUUCAGGAGACUCUGCCCACUUGACUCUGAUGAAGCGACCAGAGUUGGGCGUCACCUUCACAAAGUUCCACUGCUGGACCCUCACCCAAUACACAAAAUGCGUCUUUCUUGAUGCUGAUAUGUUGGCUGUACAGAAUCCAGAUGAACUCUUUUCCCACCCAGAGCUGACUGCAGUUUGUGACAUUGGUUGGCCAGACUGCUUCAACUCUGGAAUGUUCGUGUUCGUUCCCUCCCAAGAGACAUACGCUAAGUUGCUUCACCAGUCAGAAACCACUGGAAGCUUUGAUGGUGGUGAUCAGGGCAUUCUUAACACAUUCUUCCCUAACUGGAACCGUGUGUCUUUCGUAUUCAACAUGGUUGCCUCCGCUACAUACACCUACUUGCCAGCCUACAAACAGUUUGGAGGGAAUGCAAGGCUGGUCCACUUCCUCGGUGCUACAAAGCCAUGGCACUACCGCUUCGACUCAACAAGCGGCACCGUCCAGACUGGUCCAGGUUACCAACACCUUACUCCUUACCUCAAUUCUUGGUGGGCCAUUUACACACGCCUUGUCAAACCCAAUGUUCCUGAAAUGGAUGUUCAAAAAGCAGUGGAGGUAAAGUCCCCUGUCGAAACCAUCCAGAUUGCGCAGCAGAUCAGUGGCAUGCACAUUGGUGCCGAGUCUCUCCAAGAGGGCCAGGCAAGGUGGGAGAGAGGAGAACCUGACUACUUAGGCCGUGACUCCUUUGCAAACAUCCAGGCCUACAUCGACUCCAAGAUCAAAGGCAAUGGAAAGUAGAAAUGCCACCGGACUCAGAGCAUGAGUUGCGUGCAGAAUGUUUCAAGAUACUAUGCCUCACUUGGAUAUCUGAUGUUGAUCAGGGCAGUAACUGUGAUUAGCAACUGUAAAUGGGAUUUUUUGUAGAAAUGUUGAUCUCCAUUCUUGGGGAAAGAAUUGCAGAAUGUUAAACAAAGGAUACAGUUGUCUCGGAAAAUGUUUAAACAGACCAUGUCCACAUACUUGCCAGUGUCAUCAACAGAGGGUUCUAAGUGAACUUUUUCUAUAUUCAAAUGUAUUUCAUACUCUGUGGCAUAUUACAUAAUCUUCACUUCAGUGAUGUUUUCAAACUUUUUUUUUCUCUCUCUUCAUCCAUUAAGGAAGAUAAACAUCAGACAGCAAAAUAGAUGCAGAAGCAAGUGACAUGCCAUAAGAAGCACCUUCUUGAGCUUCUGACAAUGUUGAGGCUUUGAUGGCCGUAAAGACUGCAGCUUUCAUUAUGGUUUUGCUCCUACACUGCUUUCUGUUUGAUUUACAGUGAAUCUCGAACCUCUUUUGCUAUGCACAUGCAGUGUACUGUUGAUUGGUUAACAGUCUAGUCUAAUUUGUUGCUCAAAUUUUUGUUUUUUUGUUAUGGUUGACUCAGUGCCUUUAAAGGGGUAUGAUUGAAAGUGGGGUUGUGGGUCUUUUGACAGUGACAUUAGGACAUGAUACAGAACAGCUCUCAUGCAAUGUUGGGUAAUUUAACUGUAAUAUAAAAUAAAAGAUAAUUAAAUUUAUGAACAAAUAUCUUGUGUUCAGACAUUCCGUUUUGCCCAAAAUACUUAACACUAAAAAUGGUUCUUGAUUCAUGUAUUGUGCCAAAUAAUUGGUGUGCCAAUUGAAUAAAGAAAAGAAAUUGA